AUGUGGGGAGCGCUGGACCCUGGCUUUGCGACCCGUCGCACCUUGACCUACCUCCGUUUACACAGUAGAUGUCUCUUCCUCCGUCCUAGACACCUGGCUCUCCUUCAUCUACUCUGGGAAGCACAUUUCCUUCCCGUUCAACUGAUGAUCCUGAUGGUGUUCUCCGCUGUUUACGAAUUUACUUCUUCGUCACUGCACCCCAACAUGCACCUCGCGUUGUUUGUCACCAACAUUCUCCGCACAGCCUCCUUCAUCUGGAUGAACCUGUGCCUCGCCCUAUACGAACGUUGGUACAAUCUCUGCCUCCACACAAGGAAGGGAGACAUGCUGCAAGCGAACGUGAAUGAUACGGGCUUUGCCAUGCGCGUCUGGUGGUACUUGCCGUUCCUCCUGGAGAGGAUCUGUUUCCCCAUCGCCGGAACGAUAUUCGGAGCUGUCCCAACGUUGCAUGCAGUUUUUUCGCAUUUCUGGACCGAUCGGCUGGUAUAUAGGGUUAGUAAGAAGCCGGAGUUUGCGUCUCUGGUUUGA